UCGACUGUAAUCCUCACUGUACCGGAGCUCUGCGGAUAUUUUGCCUCGUUUUAAGAUAAUUCAAGUAAAAUUAAAAAUGGACAACUCCGGGAAAGAAAAGGAGGCUAUCCAGCUAAUGGCUGACGCCGAUAAAAAAGUGAAAUCUUCGGGAUCUUUUUUGGGAGGAAUGUUUGGAGGAGGACAUCACAAAGUUGAAGAGGCCUGUGAGAUGUACUCCAGAGCUGCCAACAUGUUCAAAAUGACCAAGAACUGGAAUGCGGCUGGUGCGGCGUUUUGUAAAGCUGCUCGUCUUCACAUGCAGCUACAGAACAAACACGACUGCGCCGUCAGCUUCAUCGAUGCAGGAAACGCCUACAAGAAGUCUGAUCCAAAUGAGGCAAUCAAGUGUUUAAAUGCCGCCAUCGAUAUUUACACAGACAUGGGAAGAUUCACCAUUGCAGCCAAACAUCACAUCAGUAUUGCAGAGAUCUAUGAGUCAGAAAUGGUAGACAUUGAAAAGGCCAUUGCACAUUAUGAACAGGCAGCAGACUACUACAAAGGAGAAGAAUCCAACAGUUCUGCCAACAAAUGCCUUUUGAAAGUAGGAGCCUACUGCGCUCAGCUGGAGCAGUACCAGAAAGCCAUUGAGAUCUACGAGCAGGUUGGGGCCAAUGUCAUGGACAACCCACUCCUGAAAUACAGUGCAAAGGAGUAUUUCUUCAAAGCUUCUCUCUGCCAUUUUAUUGUGGAUGAACUCAAUGCUAAGAUCGCGAUUGAGAAGUACGAGGAGAUGUUCCCUGCUUUUUCGGACUCAAGAGAAUGCAAACUUUUGAAGAAACUUCUUGAGGCCCACGAGGAGCAGAACAGUGAGGCAUUCACAGACGCAGUGAAAGAGUUCGACUCCAUUUCUCGUUUGGAUCAGUGGCACACGACUCUGCUGCUGCGCAUCAAAAAGACCAUCCAGGGAGACGAAGGAGAUUUAAAAUGAGUCUGUUCAACUUUCACUGUGCAUGUUUUACACACAAAUAUACACACCAAGAAAUACAUAAAUCUAUCUAUAGUAUUCACAACAAAUACUGUUUAAACAAUGCUGCUUUCAAGUGCUGUGUGGUAAAUAGAUUUUUGGCAUGUGGGGAGAGGGUACACUGAUGUUAUUUCUAACACUUGAAACACAAAUUGAGCAUUUCAUUAGAACUCAACAGUAGUUUAGAUUAUCAAAAUAAUUAUUAAAAACAGUAAUAAUGAAGGAUUACUCAAACGUGUGAGUGAAACAAAACACAAUUCCAAGUAUGUUUGAGGAAAUAACACUGAUUCAAUCUUACAAGAGUCAAUUUUACAUAAUGUAGGACGUUUAAACUACGAAGUGACAUCUUCAAUUCCCCACAGUAUAAACAAAAAUGAGAGAAACAAAUUAUCCCACACGCACUUGAAAGCAGCACAAUAUCGCAAAUUACUACAGCUCACCUGCUAUGCUGUCUUCUGCUUUUUUAUCAUUUGUUCUAAAUUUUUUUUCCUGGGCACAUUUGAAUUUAGAAUGUAAUCGCUUGCCCUUACCUCUUUGAAUGGGGGUUGCUGCUGCAAACUUCUAUGCUGAAAUUUCCACUUGGCUUUCACAAUGUACUGCCCCCUAGUGUCCCAAACAAGCAUCACAUGUUUUCUACAGCCCUAAGAAAUAUGUUAUGUUGUAUUCAAUAAUUUCAAUUUACUAUAUACAUAUUUAUUUUUAGAAUGUACAGAUAUAAGUUUUGACUUGAAGGGAGACAUUAUGCACCAAGUGAAGACUGUUAAAACACAUGUACCUUAUCAAUAUCACUGGGGUGAAUUCAAACAUUAUCUGAUUUUUCUUACUUUUGAGUAUUUUAUAGUUUGUAGUAUUAUUAUUUAAAUGUUUCAAUAUGAUUGUAAUGAUCUAUAGUGGGUAUUUUAACACGCACUAGUAAUGAAAUCCCGUAUCUCCAAUGUAAGGGCAGAAAUCUUGGACUUAAUAUUAUAUUUUAUUAUAUAAGUUAAAACAACUUGAAUUCAUAAUCUUGUUUGAAUAGUUUUGAAUAUUUGAGAUUUACUUACUUAUAUCUAAUCAUUAAAGAUGCAAUAUGUAACUUUUCAGUUGGCGGUCACUUGCGUGUUUCUAUGGAUGUCACUGUUCCGCCUGAAUUGUUCCACAGUAUGGCAUUAAACAUCUCUACUAUACAUUUAUUCAAUUACAGGUGGUUUUAUAGCUCAAAAAUACUAAAAAAACUAAAACAGGUAUUCUGACUGUGAGUGGGGUUGCCUCUCCACAGACCUGACCUGUAACUUGGUCUUGUUUGGUCUUCAUGAACAUAAAGGUUUAAUGCCAUACUGUGAAACAUUCCAAAUGAAGCAAUAACAUCUCCAUGGAGACAAGCAUUUGACGGAUCCUCCACCAGAAAAGAUCCACAAUGUACAUUUAAAAUGUAUUCAUUCAGUUUAAAAAAAGUCUUGUGAUUUUAUUCAUGUCUUCAAUCAAUUACAGAUGAAUUAUCAAUACAGAGUAUAGGAAAAAGAAAUAGUUUAAUUUAUUGCAUUUCACACAAAACAACACUGAUAAUCAUAUACAAGUCUAUACAGUCUAUGCUUACAGGUUAAUAAAAAUAGUUUUUUUUCCCAAAUAACUAUAGUUUAAACAAUGACCACACUAAUGUGGAUUCAUUUGUGUACUCUUUAAUGUGUGCAUUGUGUAACGUUUCUGGUGGAAGGGUCCGUCAAAUGCUUUUCUCCAUAGAGAUGCCAUUACUUUGUCUGGAAUGUUUCACAGUAUGGCAUUAAAUUUUUCUAUUUUCAUGGAGACCAAACCAGACCAAGUUAUAAGUCUGAUCUGUGGAGAGGUGCUCACAGUCAGAAUGCCUGUUUUUUUUUUUUUGGGGGGGGGUUUGCACUAUGAAACCUCCUGUAAUUUAAUAAAUGUAAGGGAGAAUUGUUUAAUGUCAUACUAUGGAACAUUCCAGGCAGAACAAUGCCAUAUCCAUAGAAACAAGCAGGUGACGGACCCCCAACCAAAAACUUACAUAGUGCACCUUUAGCUAUUCAAAACUUCUCAAAUCAAAAUGACUCUCAUGAAUUAAAGUAUGUUUUUUAGCUAAUCUAUAUUUCCUUUUUUGCAGUUGUUUCCAUAGUUGUUGUUUUGUGUUGUGGUUCAUCCCUAAAAGUUUACUGCCACAGAGCACCUUCCUAUAGCCAGUUACUAACCGCAUGUCCCUGUAAACUGUAAACUGUACUAUAGGAUUAUGUUUACGGAGAGAGCCAGACCAAAGUUUUUACUUAAGGGAGUAUCUGACCACUGUAUCCAGAUGGAAUGAUUCUGUUAUGUAUUGUGUAUGCUUGUGCGAAUGGACAAUAAAGUUAGUAUAUCCAAACUUCAA